GGAAAGAAAAAGAAAAAAGACUCCCAAUUCAACAAUUGCCAGCGGAAUCCCUUCCCUUCUUCCUUCUUCAUCCAUUUCCGUGUUCACGCUAACUUCUCUCCUCAAUUCUCCAUCUGAAGCUACGCGUGAUUUUGCAGAGAAAAUGAUAGGUAAUUAGUGAAUACUUUUGAAGAAAUCAGAGCACUAUGCUUAUGAUUUUCUUAUGGCUAUGCAUCCGUUCUGUUGCGUUUCAUCAAUGACAAUUAACAGCAACGAUAUGCCUCCUGCGCCGGCGCCGGCGCCGGCACCGGUACUUUCGACCGAUGCACAAAUUAAGAAUCGGAAUUCGGUGGUGUCAAGGACGUCGUCCACGCGUGAGGAUUAUCAAAUUACAAGUGUUUUGAAUACAAAUUGCAGUAAUAAUCAUAGUCAAAAUUACCAUAGCCGAGAGCAGCAGCAAGUGAAGAUCAAUGAUAUAGUGGGCGAUGGAAUUUCUGGGAUUUUAUGCAAAUGGGUCAAUUAUGGUAAAGGGUGGAGGUCUAGAUGGUUUGUGUUGCAGGAUGGGGUGUUGAGUUACUACAAGAUCCGUGGGCCUGACAAGAUUUUGGUUAGUCAGGAGGCUGAAAAGGGAUCGAGAGUGAUCGGGGAAGAGUCGAUCAGACGGAUGACGAGGCAGAAUCACCACAACCAUCAUCAUAAGAAUGUAACUAAUGGUUUUUCUUCGAAAAGCCGGAAGCCCGUUGGUGAAGUUCACUUGAAGGUCUCAUCUAUUAGAGAGAGCCGUUCAGAUGACAAGAGAUUUUCCAUUUUCACAGGAACAAAGAGACUGCAUUUGAGGGCAGAGAGCAGAGAGGAUCGAAUAGCAUGGAUGGAUGCACUACAGGUCGUGAAGGAGAUGUUUCCGAGAAUUUCCAACAGUGAGUUAAUGGCUUCUCUGGACAAUGUUGCUGUCUCAACUGAAAAACUGAGACAGCGAUUGUUGGAAGAAGGUGUAAGUGAAUCUGCCAUUCAGGACAGUGAGCUGAUAAUGAGAAAUGAAUUUGCAUCUCUGCAGAACCAAUUGAUGCUGUUGAAGCAGAAGCAUCGGAUGCUCACUGACACUUUGCGACAGUUAGAGACAGAAAAGGUAGAUUUGGAAAACACUGUUGUUGACGAGAGCCAGAGACAGUUGAAUGAAAUUGGAGCAUCUAGUAGAUCGAGGCAAGACAAAUACAGUGAAAGUGUGAGUGAAUCUGAAGAUGAAAAUGAAAGAGUUGAUGCAGCAGAGGAUGAUACUGAUGAUGAAGAAAAUACAUUCUUUGACACAAAGGACUUUCUAUCAUCGAGUUCUUUCAAAAGCAAUGGUUCUGACUUUAGGACAUCGUCAUUUUCAUCCGAUGACAAGGAAGUAUAUGUUAUUGAAGCUGAUGAUUCUGUUGAUCCUGCCAUUAGAGCUGCUGGGACUAACUUUCCUUAUGUUAAACAUCGGAAGAAACUGCCAGACCCUGUUGAGAAAGAGAAAGGAGUGAGUUUAUGGUCAAUGAUUAAAGAUAAUAUUGGGAAGGACCUGACAAAAGUGUGUCUUCCUGUAUACUUCAAUGAACCUCUCUCUUCCCUCCAAAAGUGUGUUGAAGAUUUGGAAUAUUCAUAUCUUCUCGAUCGUGCUUAUGAAUGGGGAAAGAGGGGUGACAGCCUUAUGAGGAUUCUAAAUGUAGCUGCAUUUGCAGUAUCUGGAUAUUCUUCCACUGAAGGAAGGAAUUGCAAACCAUUUAAUCCACUGUUAGGGGAGACUUAUGAGGCCGAUUUUCCAGAUAAAGGCUUCCGAUUCUUCUCAGAGAAGGUGUCUCACCAUCCAAUGGUAGUAGCAUGCCAUUGUGAGGGUACUGGCUGGAGGUUUUAUGGUGAUAGCAAUCUGAAAAGCAAAUUUUGGGGUCGCUCAAUCCAGCUUGAUCCAGUUGGUGUUUUAACUCUAGAAUUUGAUGACGGAGAAGUUUUCCAAUGGAGUAAGGUAACAACAUCGAUAUACAAUCUUAUUCUGGGGAAACUAUAUUGCGAUCACUAUGGUACAAUGCGGAUAGAAGGAAACAGUAAUUACACAUGUAAACUGAAAUUCAAGGAGCAGUCUAUCAUAGACAGAAAUCCUCAUCAGGUGCAAGGAAUGGUCCAAGAUAGGAUCGGAAAGACAGUAGCAACUCUAUUUGGAAAAUGGGAUGAGAGCAUGCAUUAUGUCAAAGGAGACUUCUCAUCUAAAGGAAAAGGUCACGAAUCUUUGUCAGAAGCUCGUUUGCUCUGGAAACGAAGCAAAGCUCCUGAGUUUCCUACGCGUUAUAAUUUGACACGCUUCGCCAUCAGACUGAACGAGCUUACUCCUGAGCUGAAGGACAAGCUGCCCCCAACAGAUUCAAGGCUGAGACCUGAUCAAAGGUGCUUGGAAAAUGGGGAGUAUGAAAUGGCUAAUGCAGAAAAAUUGCGACUGGAGCAGCGGCAGCGGCAGGCCCGGAAGAUGCAAGAGAGGGGUUGGAAGCCUCAGUGGUUUGCAAAGGACAAAGGCUCGGAUACCCACCGCUACAUUGGAGGGUAUUGGGAAGCCAGGGAACAGGAGAAAUGGGAAACAUGCCCUGAUAUUUUCGGUCAAAUCUCAUCCGAUCAAAUCUUAUAGUGAGUUAACAGGAGUUGAGUCUUGGUUGGUUGCAUUGUUCAUAUUAUUGCUGGAAAUAUUGGAAAAUAGCCGUUGAUAAUUGGCACAAGCCGUGCGUGUAUAUAACUUAGACGAAGCAACUAAGUUGGUUCAGUUGAUAUUCAUUCCGUUUCUUGUUUUCUUCAAUUUUCUUCUACAUGGGUCCUUGGUUUUUACUGUGAACACUAGAAAGGUUGAGGCCGGUUUUGUAAGACAUAUUGAUCGUCGACCUUUUUUCUUUUACCAUUUUUUGCCAUUUCCCAGAUGUAUCUUAAAUUCUAAAGGAAUGAGCUGAUGGGUUGAACUAUGCAUUUAAAGAGAAUGCAUUCCUUUUGGAUUCAUUAAUAACAGAUGGAAUUAUAUUGAAGAUCUUUUUGGUUUU